AUGUGUAGUUAUGAUAUUAGUAAAUCGUACGAUCAUCCCCUAUUCUUAGAUGAAUUACCCACAAGCAGCACUAAUGAUGCUAUUGAGGCGCUCAAAUUAAUUCACAGUGAGAAUGAAACGCCAGAAUCAAUUGCAAUGCAUUACAAUGAUCUGGCCAAGGAGUAUUUAACAGAUAGAUAUAGUGGUUAUCUAAAGAACGCCCUGUCUUGUUAUACUAAAGGCAUAGAAUCUGAUCCAAAUGACACUAAACUAUUAUCUAUUCUAUAUUCCAACAGGGCGUUUAUCUACAUAAAACUUGGUAAAUUCGUGGAAUCUGUUACAGACUGUAAAAAGGCUAUUGAACUAGACCCAAACAAUUCUAAAGGAUAUUACAGAGGUGCAAGUGGAUCUGUCAAAUUAGGGUUGUAUAAGCAAGGAUUACAUUUUUGCCAACUGUACAUUGACAAAUUUGGUAAUAUCACCGAUACUGCAUUUUUAUCUUUGUACAACGAAAUUCUCAGCACAAUUAAAACUAAAAGAUCUAAUGAGUAUUGUGUGAGCCAUAAUGAGCAUAAGAAGGUAAUAAACGUUCCAUAUUCAUUGCCGGAAGGUGUUGAUUGUGUAAAUUACACUAGAGAUGGGGUUUUACAUUUCUCAUCAUUAUUCAUAUACGACGAAAUAGGUGUCAUUGACUAUAUUUCUGAUAUGAGUGACACUGACACACUACAAAUGCACUUAGAUGUGAUGUUUAAAGAUAAUAAUUUUGAGGGAAUGAAAUUUGACAAAAAUGUUGUCGCAUAUCUAGAGAUACCUGGAGAUAAACUAAUACACAUUAACACCAGUACCCAAAUUUGCAAGGCGUUAAAAGGUGUUACGGGCAGGUAUGAUGUACUGCCAGUUCACAUACUGAAGGAUCAAAACAACAAUGAUAAGUUGGAAAAACUACUUGGACACUUUUCCAUCAUUGGGUAA